CUGCAAUCGACUCGAUAUAAUCACUACGGCGUACCCAAAGUUUACACAUUCAUUUCAUCUGUGGUACGUUCAAGCUAGACGUUUCCCCUCCUCUCUAUCAAUAGGGUAUAUGGUUGAGGAAACACAUAGUUCAUGAGAUGGGUAGUCCUGGACAGCUUCGCGAGUAUGGGAGAGAUAUGUUGGAGUUUAUUGAGCAACUCUGGGGUGAUUUGGAACAAUAUCCACCAGUCCCUAAAGUGGAGCCAGGGUUCCUUCUCGAAAGGCUACCCAAGGAAGCCCCGAAGGAACCACAACCCUGGGGUGAUAUCAUGGUGGACGUCAAAGAGUUAUUUAUACCUGGGGUGACACAGUGGCAUAAUCCAAACUUUCACGCCUACGUUGAGGCAGGGACUUCUGCAGCUUCAGUGGCCGGUGAUUUACUUGCUAAUGCACUAGCUUUUCCAACAUUUAGCUGGCAAUCUGGACCAGCCUCCACGGAACUAGAGAUGAGGAUGAUGGAUUGGUUUGGAAGGAUGCUGAAUCUACCAGAAGAAUUCCUCUUUAGCUCAGACAAGAACACCGGUGGGGGUGUCAUCCAGGAGAGUAAUACGGGUGCAUUAACACUGAUGGUUACAACAGCCAAGAUGAGAUUGCUCCGUCAGCUCCGUGAGAACAAUCAGGACAUCAAACCCCAUGACGUCAUUAGCAAGCUCGUUAUAUUUACAAGCGAUCAGGCUCACGUAUCGGUCCAGCGUGUGGGCAUCGUCACCGGGAUUCGGGUACGGAGCUUGGAGACAGAUGAGAAGGGGUCGCUGCGAGGUGAAACAUUAGAGAAGGCCAUAAAACAGGCGGGAAAUGAAGGUCUCAUUCCUCUGCUGGUCUUCGCAACAAGCGGUACUACUUCAACGUGUGCUUUCGACAACUUGCAAGAAAUUGGAGAAAUAUGUCAGAGCGAGAGCAUCUGGUUGCAUGUGGACGCAGCUUAUGCGGGUAGCUAUUGCAUUUGUCCAGAGUUUAGGCCUCUUAUCGACGGGAUGCAGUACGUUGAUUCUAUAUGCAUAGGACCACAGAAGGCCAUGAGGAUUCAUCUGCCGUACUGUGGACUCUGGGUUCGAGACCGUUAUGCAAUGGAACGUACCUUCGAUGAUGAUCCUAUGUACAUCAAACACAACUACCAGGACAAGUCUGUCGAUUUCAAGAAUUGGUCCCUAUACAUGACUCGCCCCUGUAGACCUCUCAAGAUGUGGUUUGUCCUUAGGCUGUUAGGUGUUGAGGAACUUCAAAAGCACAUGAGAAAGCAAGUUUGUCUCGCCCAUGAGUUCGAGGCUCUGGUCAGAGGCGAUGAUCGUUUCGAGAUCGUGGCCGACGUCGUCCUAGGAUUGGUGUGUUUCCGAAUGAAGGGGCCGGACGAACUUACCAAACGUCUUUUAGAGGCGGUCAAUGACCAGGGCAAGAUCUUCAUCAAUUUCACGGAGUACAAGGGCCGAUUUAUCAUUCGCUUUCCCAUUUGCAGCGCCGCGGCCGAAUCGAGGCACAUGACAUUUGCUUGGAGUAUCAUCGCCGAUGCUGCAGCGAAGGUGAGAGCGAGUGGUCGAUGAUGAUCAAAGAUGUUUUUCAGGAAUACAGGGAAAAUGGAAAAUGUGUUCAAAGAACAAGGUUCAGCAUUUGUCUAUUUGAAAAUGGUCGUACUCGAUAUUAUACAUAAUGUGUUCAAAGAACAAUAUUUAAUAGUUGAAAAUGUUUGUACUCGAUUAUAUAUGAUGUGUUCAAAGAACAAUAUUCAAUAGUUGAAAAUGGUCGUAUGUAUAUAUUCGAUAACAGUUUGUUUUUAGUAAAUCAUCAAGGGUGUCGAUUUGUAUCCGUUGUUGGGGGGUAUGAUAGGUGCCAAAAUAUUUUCGG